GUGCAUUUCUGUUGACAUAGAAAUAUUGUAAGUAAUAUUCAUCAUCCAACAAGGAUUACGGCACUGGUAACCACGUAGAUCAGAAGACAAUGAGAGUUUUACUGGUUUUGAUAAGCCUGUGCGGACUUGCUCAUUGCGCACGGAUCCUCGCAGUGUUGCCAUUCCCCAGCAAGAGCCAUAGUAUCCUGCAGUACGCCAUAUUCCGUCUUCUGGCUCAGAGAGGGCACGAGGUGGUGGUCUACAGUCCAUAUCCUCCACCAUACAGUAUAGCCAACCUUACGUACAUCGACCUACCAACAGUUCUGAAUGACAUAUACAGUACUUGGUCAUUUGAACAAUUUAACGAAAAAGUCCUUGAGCAAAACUUUUAUGGAUUCCCGAUUAAGGGGCUUUGGGAUGUGAUAGCAUUAGCUUGUGAAGACGUCUUUAAAAAUCAAAAUGUCGCAGACUUACUUGAAUCAGAUGAACAUUUUGACCUGGUUUUCCUCGAAGUUUCGUUGGGUCAAGCUUCUCUUACCGCUUUUAGUCACAAAUUUCAAGCCCCAAUCAUAAAUUUCCAAGGAUUUUCAACCUGGGGUCUUACAGAUUGGAUAGUUGGAAACUCUCUAUCCAUUUCCUACAUUCCUGAUAUCGCUUCCUUCCCUUUCACACACAACAUGUCCUUUAAGGAAAGAUUACAAAACUUUCUGUCAACAGUUAUCACUAUACUGUUUUAUCAUUUGGAUCAUCUUCCGAGACACCAACAGAUAGUUCAACAGUACUACAAAGACCCUAGCAUGCCACAUGUGAAGGAAAUGAUAAAAGAGAUUUCCAUAACCCUUACAAAUUCACUCAACAUCAUGGAUUAUCCCAGACCGUACACUCCAAAUAUGAUACCGAUUGGAGGAACACAUAUGAGUGCCCACGAUACUCCUCUGCCGCAGGAUAUUGAUAGUUUCAUGGACAAUGCUAAAGAAGGAGUGAUUUUCUUCAGUUUAGGAACAUUUGUUCCAUCUCAUAUCAUGCCUAGUAAAUAUAUUCAGGCAUUUGUCACUGCAUUCAAGAAGAUGCCAUAUAUGGUUUUAUGGAAGACACAACUUGAAAGUAUACCCGGACUUCCUAAGAAUAUAAUGCUUACGAAAUGGGUGCCACAGCCAACGGUGAUAGGUCAUCCUAACUGCGUUCUCUUCCUGACUCAUGGAGGACUGUUCAGCCAACACGAAGCUUUCUAUGCAGGAGUUCCAGUCGUUGGCAUACCUUUUACCGGCGAGCAAAGGUACAACAUGAGGUUUUACGAGCAUCUCGGUGUUGGACUCAAAUUGGAACUGGAUGAAGUCACGGAGGAGACUGUGUACGAGAAGAUAUAUACGGUUAUAAGUAAUCCAAGGUACAAGGAGAACGCCAAGAGAGUGUCCAGUAUAGUAAGAGACCAGCCGAUGUCUCCAGCUGACACAGCCGUGUACUGGAUAGAGUACGUGUUGAGACAUGGAGGAGCGCCUCAUCUGAAGCCUGCAUCAGUUUAUCUUAAGUGGUAUGAACUGUUAUUGUUGGAUGUUGUAAUUAUUCUGAUGCUUAUUGUUUCGGUGACAGUCGUAUUCUUUUACUACUCUGUUAAGAGAUUAAUAAAUUUUAUGUUUGGUAAUGUCCGAUAUGUUUCUAUUACAAAGAAAAGAAGUUGAUCUGUGAUUGUGUGUUUUAUUGAUUUUUGUUUAACUCUUCAAAUAACAAUUGACAAAUAAACGAUUUGAUUUCUAAAUUGAAUAUCA